GUUUAGCGUGUUUGAUUUUCAGUGAAGAAAAAAGUGCACAGCAGAUGUUUGAUGAAAUGCCGCAGUGAAGAAGUAGCACUAUAACAAUGGCGUAUAGGGUGAUCAAUGGUGCGAAGCAUGUAAUGGGUAAGCGAAAUGGAGCCGUGAAGUUGAAUGUGAUGCUGUACCAUGCCUCAGAGGAGUCUCAUGGGGAGACAUUGCCUGCAGAGUGGUAUAGGAAGGCAUUUCCCAAGCUGACGAAACUGACCCGGUUGCUUAAAGAUGUGGAUUUUGCUGAUGGUAGGCUUGUUAACAUCACUGAUGGUUCGGUUAUAGUGAAUGCACGCGCUGAACAUAAGAUGGUUGCUUUCAAGUCACUUGCCAGAGUUUUUGUUGGGUCUCCAUUGGUUCAGCAGACGCUGUGGAACAAUGUGGUGGCGUGGUCCAGCGGUAGAGGAUGUAACCCUUUUGUGUGUUUUAGUAAAACAGGUGAGAGGCAGCCUUUGGUUGUGAAAUCAAUGUCUGUAGUGGGUAGCAUUCUGAACAUUACUGCACAGCAAAGGCAGACGGUGCGCGUGAAGAUAUGUCCGCAGGUCACGCAGCAUGGUAUAUGGACCGGCGCGCUUGAGGAGAUACUUAAUGGAUUGAAAUGUGAGUUGGAAUGUCUGGAUUAUCAGGGCUCAAGCAAAGGGAUGAGGAUUGGUCAGCAGAUAGUUUGUAGCUGUCUGAAGUUCUUGGCUGAGACAUCAGUUUCGUAUGAUGAUGACUCUGCUUCGUGGAUGCACCUUUCAACUGCAAAGGUUACUGACUCUUCUGGUUUGCAAAAAUGGGAAGACCUUCUUGAGAUGUUCAAUGACCUCAUUGAUUGUUUGAAAGAUGACAGGGAGUUACUUCUUUAUGUGACAAAGGUUGAGGUCAUGAAAGAGGGGCUGUCUCAGAUCAAGGAUGUGUUGGUUGAUAAGAGUAUCGGAUUCAAGGAAGUACGACAUCAAGAAAGCCUAGUGCAUAAGAAGCUGUCCAAGACAUUGGGUCAUUCAUCCAAGUGUUUGUUCACACUCUUGUUAUAUUACCUCUAUGGGCAUGUUAGAGAUAUUGAAGUAGACUUAUCUGGUGGGCUUUAUAGCAUUAGUGACAAGAGUCUCUGUUUGUGCAUGGGAAGGAUUGUGACUUCAGAUGAGGAUACAAUGAUUUGGAGUGGGGUGAAGCAGUUGGACAGGGCUCUCGGUCUUUUCAAGUUUGUAUGGGAAACAGCAGGAAUGGAAGGAGUUUUGCAAUUGCAAGGCCAUAUAUGGUGUGUAGGAGCUGAGAACAGAACACUUACAUAUAGAGGAAACACAUUCUUUGUACAUGGAAUUCAUGUUUGAAGAACAACUCUCUCAUAUGAGUUCAGAGUUCGAAGCUAUUUACAUGAUUCAUUGAUCAGUGAACACUACAUGCAAGAAUUGAUACGGAGCAAAGCAGACGUGCAAUUAGCUCAGUGUAGUUGUUGCAG